AUGUAUCUAAUGUAUUAUUUAAACGAAAAAAAUGAGCGAGUGUAUACGCUGAAUAAAACGUCCCCAGAUGGCAAACCGACGAUCUCUGCCCACCCGGCCAGGUUUUCCCCGGACGACAAAUAUUCCCGCCAGAGGGUUCUGUUGAAAAAGAGAUUUGGGCUACUAUUGACCCAGCAACCAAAGCCAAUAAUUUAA